UAGAACUGCAAGUUUCCAUAGAGGAUGUUAUUUAACAAUAACUAGAGAAGGAAUUAUCAAUUAUUGGUCAUUAGAUUUAGAAUAUGAGCGUACUGUGCAAUCUGUGAAUCCAUAUUUGAAAGUGCAGUCAACUUUAAUAACUGACAUGAUAGUAAUGCCUGAUGUGCAAAUAGUAUGCACAAGCUCAACUGAAUAUGAUUUAAGAUUUUAUGAUACUGUAGCUAAAAAAUUUGACCUUCGGAUAUUGAUAUCAAGCUUAGAUAAUGCAGUUACAUGCAUGGCUUACCAUUUUAGUAAAAAUAUCAAAGAAGAUUCUCAUAUUAUAUGUGGAGACAUGAGUGGAUCUAUCAAAAUUAUAUCUUUUAAUCCAGCAGAAAGGGGUCCAUUUAAACAAGAUCCUCAAUGCCAUACUUUAUUUGUUCGUUAUGAAUCUGUGCUGAAGGGUGAAGUAAAAGGAUUAAAGAUUACAGAAUUUAAGAACAAACAUACAGAUUGGGUAAAACAAGUAGCCUAUUAUGAAAGUAUAAGAUCUUUUAUGUCUAGCAGUAGAUGUUGCAGUUGUUCUCUUUUAGUCAGUGAUCUCACAGGAACAAGGAUUCCAUAUAAAUUUAAAGUUAAUAUGGGAAUAUCUUGUUUUACUUUGUGCGAAGAAAGUCAGUUAUUAAUAACUGGUGGACCAGAUUGCAUAGUUCGAGUUUGGAACCCUUUUGUAACAAAAAGGCCAAACUGCAAAUUCCAUGGUCAUCAUACAGCUAUUUGUGCAUUGAUAGUUCAAAAUGCUGGUAAACGUAUAUAUUCUCUUUCAAAAGACAAAUGCAUCAAAGUAUGGGAUGUCCUCGCCCAAAGUUGUAUUCAGACAUACAAUGGUCUUCCCAGCGAAUUGGGUGAACAUACUUCAAUGACUAUAGUCUACAAUACAUUAAAUCACAAAAUGAUUGUUGCUAGUUCAAUGAUAGCAAUUAUCGUUUGUGAUCCUGUGAUAAAUGAAGAAACAUCAGAUGGCUUUACACAUACAAAAUCUGUUAGCUGUGUUUUAUAUAAUCAUCUAUAUAAAGUGGUAGUUACUACUGGAUAUGAUUCUUGUAUAAUAGUUUGGGAUCCAUGGCUUGGAAAUCGCUUAUAUUUGGUAACACAUGCCCACAGUAGAUUCUUAUAUGGUCAACAUCAUGAUAUUGAAAUUACUGCUGCUUGUUUCGACGAGUCUGAACAACUACUAGUAACAGGUACUCGUGAUGGAACAUUGAAGAUAUGGAAUUUUAACACUGGUACUUGCUUAAGAAACAUGGCAAUUGAAAAUCAGUGUGAAGUAACAAGUUUAGUUUGGAUAGAAAAUCGAAUUUUAUGUAGUGGAUGGAACCGUCAAGUUGUAGAAUUUGCAACUUCUGAUACAGAUGUGUAUAAAAAAAGUUGGGGACUAAUACACACUGAUGAUAUUCUUUGCUCAGCUGUUUGGUAUCCUCAAGUAUUAGCUACAGCUACUUACAAUGGAGAAAUAAUACUUUGGAGAUUAGAAACAGGUCAACCAUACAGGAAAUAUAAAGUAGAUGAUCCAAUGUCAAGGUUCAGUAUAAGAUUUGACACGACUGAACAAGUGAUUCAAUUAGAGAAACCAAAAAGAGUUACAACAGAACAGUUUACAUACAUAAAAAGUAAACAUAAUGUAUCAAAACAUCAAGAAUCGGCAUUAAGUAUUAUAGGAACUGUUUCUGUUCGAGCUAUGAUAUUUUUAUGUGCACGAUCAGUUGGACCUGAUAUUGGAACACUAUUAGUUUCUCUUGAUUCCGGUUUAGUACAGGUUUGGACUCAUCACCCUGGUGGUGGAUUUUUACAGGCUUUUUCAGUUAUUCACACUUUAGGUGAUUGUGCCUUAUCAUUAGCAACUGAUCCCAAAAACCAGUUUCUUGUAACAGGACACAGUGCUGGAUAUAUUAAAGUCUGGUAUCUUGAAAAUUAUUUGAUACCAAAUCAUUCUAAGAUAAGUAUGCCUCGUUUAAGAUUAGAAUUUCCCUUCUUAUGGAAAAGAAAAAUUAAAGGAAGAGCACAAAGAGCAGUACGAAAUCAAACUCUACCACUUUUGCUUUCUUCUGUUCGUGGUCACUUAAAAGCUAUUACAUCUGUUCAAAUAAUUCCAGAUGCACGUAUCAUUAUUAGUGGAAGUGCAGAUCACACAGUACGUUUAUGGACACUAGGUGGACGUUACAUUUCAACCUUUGGAACUUUCAGACAAUGGUCACCUAUUUUGCCAACAAUGCCAGCAUACCAGUAUAUAAAAAAUUACAGAUUUCCACCAGAUCUUAAAAGAUUCGCUAGUUCUACUACCAUAAGAGUUCUCGAAGGAGGCACUAUCAAAAUAUCCGAAUAUAAGGAUGAUAUGUUACAUGUUUUGAAAGAUAUUCCUGAAAAAAAGCAGCCUAUGCUAGAUGGAACAAGACUAACCAUUUCUGUUAUGGAUAGAUCAGUAUUGAUGAUUUUCGCGGAUUAUCCAGUUUUGGAUACUUCUUUACCAUAUAUACCUAUAUAUACACAUUUAAAACUAAGACCUUUGGAAAUAAUUCAAAUGCCAAAAUCAUAAUUAUAUAUAAACACAAUCAAUUAUUGUAAGUUACCUGCAUUGUGUCAGUUAAAUUGUCAAAUACUAAAUAUAUAUAUACCAUAUUAACUUAUCUAAAACAAUAUUAAUAAUCUUAUAACUAACAUUAAAACAAAAAUACCAUUAUAGAUACACGGAAGUGUUCAUAAAUAUUAUUCCCUUUUGCAAACAAACGCAGUCACGUAAGAAAAUACAAAUAAAGCAUACGAUUUGAAAAACCCCAACACGAAAAUAUCAUACUGAUGUAAAUUAAUCGAAUUACUUUACUAAAUAAUAUAUUAUGUAUAAAGAUAAUGACGACACAUCAAAUUUAAUAAAAUCCAUUUUCGUUUAAAAGUCAUGGUAGUAUAAUUA